AUGAUCGUCUUUUGGGUUACAUUGUUUUUUUUUCACCAAGGAUAUUCUCUGGUUCCAGUUGAAACUGUUCAGCUUGGUGAACCAGCAACCUUGACAUGUGCUAUUCCCAAAGAGCUCAGCGUUAGGGGACUCAAAUGGUACAAGCAGAGCGUCGGGGAUACUCUUAAAUUAAUAGUUACUCUGAUUCAGUCUAAAGCUGAUUUUAGUCCUGGAUUUUCGAGCUCAAGAUUUCGGAUAAAUAAUGACGCAAAUUUUAGCAGCCUGAUCAUUUUAAAUACAGUUCAAGAGGAUGAGGGUCACUAUCACUGUACAAACACAGAAUGGAUUGGAACUACAUGGGGUGGAAUAUAUUUGUUAGUUACAGCUCAGAGGACAUCAAACUAUGCAGUCAGUCAGUUGCUGAUAGAAUCAAAUCCAGUCUGUCCAGGAGACACAAUGACGCUCCAGUGUUCAGUCUUCUCUGACUCUGACAUCAAGACGUAUCCAGGAGGUCUCAAUAUUCUCUGGUUCAGAGAGGGAUCAGAUAAAUCUCUUCCAAACAUCAUCUACACUGACAGAAACAGAAGUAAUAUAUGUGAGAAAAGAUCUGACCAUCAGAAGACAUGUGUUUAUCACUUCUCUAAGAACGUCAGCUCCUCUGAUGCUGGGACUUACUACUGUGCUGUGGCCACAUGUGGGGAGAUAUUAUUGGGAAGUGGAACUACACUGGUUAUUCAAGAAAGCAGCGUGUGGUCACAGACAGUUGUUUUCUUACUUUGCGCUGUCGUGGUUAUGAGUCUGAUUGUUAUUGCUGUCCUCAUUUACACAAUCAAGAUAAACAACAGUGAUCAUCCCAAAGAAUAA